AUGGAAUCCGCUAAAAUUAAGGUGGUCGGUGUUGGUGGAGGUGGCAACAAUGCCGUCAAUCGCAUGAUUGGUAGCGGUUUACAGGCUGUAGAUUUCUAUGCCAUAAACACGGGCUCUCAAGCACUUGUACAUUCUACUGCUGAGAACCCACUUCAGAUGGGAGAGCUUUUGACUCGUGGACUAGCUGGUAUGGGUGGAGGGACAGGUUCUGGUGCUGCCCCUAUUGUUGCUCAGAUUUCCAAAGAGGCAGGUUAUUUGACUAUUGGUGUAGUUACCUAUCCUUGUAGCUUUGAAGGACGUAAGAGAUCCAUACAGGCAUUGGAGGCUAUUGAAAAAUUGCAGAAAAAUGUUGACCCUCUUAUAGUGAUUCCCAAUGACCGUCUGCUUGAUACUGCCGAUGAGCAAACACCACUUCAUGAUGCUUUUCUUCUUGCUGAUGAUGUUCUACGACGGAAGGAAGCUAAAGAGCUGGUUGAGAAGGCACCUGUUUUGGUUAAGCAAGGAGUUACCAAAGAAGAAGCAAAUGACAUGAUAGAGAAGAGAAAGGCUGCUGGGGGAGUUGCAAUUAUGGAGUAA